CUCCGGCUGAGGCGCAUGUGCCGCGCCUCCUUCCCCGCCCCCCGAUCGCCGCCGGAGCCGGGGAGGCAGCGCCGAGCCGAGCGGGUGCCGGGCGGAGCGAGCAUGAAGGACCGAACGGGGGAGCUCCGCGCGGCUAAGGACAGCGAUGAUGAUGAUGAAGUCACCGUUAGCGUGGACCGGGAUCGCUUCAUGGAUGAGUUCUUUGAACAGGUGGAAGAAAUUCGAGGGUUCAUCGAUAAAAUUUCUGAGAAUGUGGAGGAAGUGAAGAGGAAGCACAGUGCUAUUCUUGCAUCCCCCAACCCAGAUGAGAAAACAAAGGAGGAGCUCGAAGAAUUAAUGUCUGACAUCAAAAAGACAGCAAACAAAGUGCGCUCCAAGUUAAAGAGUAUUGAACAGAGUAUUGAACAAGAGGAAGGAUUGAAUAGAUCAUCUGCUGACCUGAGGAUAAGGAAAACGCAGCAUUCCACAUUGUCGCGCAAGUUUGUGGAGGUGAUGUCUGAGUACAACGCCACCCAGUCUGACUACAGGGAGCGCUGCAAAGGGAGGAUUCAAAGACAGCUGGAAAUCACUGGCAGGACCACAACCAGCGAGGAGCUGGAAGACAUGCUGGAGAGCGGGAAUCCAGCCAUCUUCUCCUCUGGGAUCAUCAUGGAUUCCAACAUCACCAAGCAGGCGCUGAACGAGAUCGAGACGCGGCACAGCGAGAUCAUCAAGCUGGAGACCAGCAUCCGGGAGCUGCACGACAUGUUCAUGGACAUGGCCAUGCUGGUGGAGAGCCAGGGCGAGAUGAUUGACCGCAUUGAGUACAACGUUGAGCACUCUGUGGACUACGUGGAGCGGGCUGUGUCUGACACCAAAAAGGCUGUUAAGUACCAGAGCAAAGCCAGGCGGAAGAAGAUCAUGAUCAUUAUCUGCUGCGUGGUCCUGGGCAUCGUCAUCGCCUCCACCUUCGGCGGCAUUUUCGGAUAGACCUUGCCAAGGCGAAACUUUCUCUGUAGACAAUGGGAUGGAGCUGCCGAGCUGCCAGGCCCAGCCGUGCCCGAGGGGGACCAAGCCCUGCAGCCGCCAGGGAGGGGCCUUCCCAGCAGAAUUUCAGUUUCUAAUGCAUGAUCGUUUUGUAACACUGUGUGUACGGUGCGGUGCGUCUGUGUGGCAAGGGGGCAGGCGGCCAGUGUGUGGGGCUGGGACAUGGGGGGAGCUGGGCCCGAUGGAGGGCAGAGCACGCAUGCAGCACUGAGCCUAAAGCAAGGCAGCCAGCUGGCGCAGUGGGGGGAGGAGGGAGGCAGGCUGCCCUCAUGUAGUGAGUCUCCUAGCACGGUGCCAGGUGCAGGACAGCAGGGCAUGCCAAUGGCACUGGGCGAGGGAGAGCAAGGGGCAGUGCUGUGUCCCCCCACAGAGCAGAGAGCUAGCCAGCCAGUCCCCACCCAGCUUUGUAGCCUGGCACUGCCAGUGGGUAGUCAUAGCUCCUUCUGCAUCUGCUCUGCCAGGGCAUUACUGACAAAGUGCCACAUCCCUCUGCCUACUCCCUGCAGUGCCCCCCUCCCUAGGGUACGCCUGGCUUGCAUCUACCCCCUGCUGCUCCCUGCAGUGCCCCCCUCCUCCAGCCAUAUCUGACACUGCACCCACCCCCGCUGCUCCCAGCAGUGUCCUCAUCCCUAGGGCACAUCUGGCACUGCACCUACCCCUCUGCAGCUCCCUGCAGUGCCUUCCUCCGCCAUACGUGGCACUGCACCCACACUGCUGCUUCCCGCAGUGCCACCCCUCCCCUCCCCCCCUGGAGCAUUGCAGACAAAGCGCCACACACCCCACCUGCUCCCCACAGUGCCUCCCUUCCCUGGCCAUACCUGGCACUGCUUCCACCCCGUUGCUUCCCACAGUGCCCCCAUCCCCAGGGCACGCCUGGCACUGCACCUAUCCCUCUGCUGCUUCCCACAGUGCUCCCCCUCCCCAGAGCAUUGCUGAUAAAGUGUCACACACACCCCGCCUGUUCCCCACAGUGCUCCCUCCCCCGGCCAUACCUGCCACUGCACCCACCCCUGCCUGCUCGCUGCAGUGCCCACCUCCGCUGGCCCUGACCUCCCCUCUCUGGCUGAUUGGUGCAAGGCCCAGUCCCUGGUGCUGCCCCUUCCCCUCCCCUCUGGCUGGCUGCAGGGGGCUUAUUUCCCUUUGCUGCUGCCCUGCUGUGGCUGGAGGGUGUUUUCCGCAAGGCUGGGCCUAUGUUGCAGCCGUUACUGUGUGGUUGGCUGGGCCCAGUUCCAUGGGGGUGGGGCGGGGGGGUUGUCGGGGUAGGACGGCAUGUGCUCUGCUGCACUGCCCCCCUGGCGAGCACUAUGACCCUUCUGUGCUGAUGCUUACCACGGCAUCAGUGCUCCCUGGGCUGCUCCAUGCCCGCUUGGCCUUGGGGAGACGGGCAGCACCAAUCAGGCAGAUGGCAAGGAGCUUGGUGGCCACUGCAUGGCCUGGAGCCACCUCUGGGGCUGGGCAGGAAGCGGCUGACUUGCCUGUGCCACCCACCCCGGAAAGGGGAUGAGGCCAGAGCAGAGGCUCAGGCUGUGCUGGGUGUGGGUCACUGGGCAGCCCUUCCAGUGCUGGGGCUCCUGCAGGCAGCUCUCGGCCCUGCCCCUAGCCCCCAUCAUCCGCCCCCACACCCACUGUGGUAAGGGGCGCCAGGGCCCUGCACUGCCUUUUGGCUGCAUUCAGCUCUCUGAGGCUGGCGCAUGGGGGUGGAGAGGUGACCGACUGCUUGGUGCUGCCCCGGGGAGGGAUCCCACUGCAGCCUGGCUGCUCUUUCCUGUCCCCCUCCCCGCUGGGCAUGGCACUCUGAGCCCCACUCUCUGGGCCACGCAGGGCUCAGGCCUGGCCCCCAUCACCCCUCCCCUGCGACAGGCCUGGGCUCUGUGCCCCAACCACGCUUGAUUCCCCCAACCCUGCUGUGUCUGGCCAGUUGGGGAAGGGUGCAGGCUGCACAUGGGAGCCCUGCAGUCACCCCUGCCCCCAGGCUGAGGCCCCCACGGAGCAGCCAGGCUCCUGAACUGCCAGUGGGCUGCUACCGUUCAGUGUUGUAAGCUCCAUCUCUUCCAGCUCCCUGAGAGUGUUGCAGGGCUGGCUCUGUCCCUCCCCUAGCCAGGAGCACCCCCUUCACCUCAGCUGUAAUGCAAGAGCCAUGCCAGCCCCCUGGCCUUCCUCGAGGGGUGCCCCAACCUCGCCCCCAGCUCAUCAGCACUGAGUGCUCAAGGGACCAUUUCACCAAGCCACUGCUGGCUUCAGGGCACCACAUCCCCCCGCCCCGCCCCAAGGGCUGCAGCGAACGUGUGAGUGGUGGCAGCCUGCAAACCUGCUGGAGGGAGCCUCCAGCGAGAGCCUGGCCCUCUGACCUUCCCAGCCCUGCAGCUCUGUGUGCCCGGAGACACCUGAGAGCAAGAGCCCAGCUGGGCUCGCCUGCCUGGGGUGGGGCUCAGCCAAGGCCCUGCCUGGAUCCCCACAGCGUGUGGGGAGGGGCUUGCCCUGUGCGUGGCAGGCAAGGGCUUUAACUGGAGUUGGUCAGCCUAUGCCAGUGCCAGAUGGUCCGUCCCCAGGCUGGGGGAGCAGGCAGGGGAGCCGGGCCCCAAAGACACCAGUCAGUAUCUAGCAUCAAGGCCUGACCUGCAACGGAGUCACCACCGCAGCUGUGGGGCUCUGAGAGUCCGUCCGUCCCUGCCCCACCUGGCCGACGUUUGGCUUCAGUCCUGCCAUCACCAGAGCACCUGCUCCCUGGGAGACAGCCAGGCAGGGGCUAUGCUGGCACCUCCUGGCCCCAAGGGCAGAGGGGAGCAAAGGGAGCGCACCCCAUUGAACUAACAUAACACCCCUUGAAAGCCAAAUCCCCAGUGACUGCCUGAGGCUGUGCUGUGACUAGUGGCAGGGGUGGCCAGGGGGAGAGCUGCACAGGUGGGUUCUGUCAUGCCCAGCUGUGCAGCUGACCUGGGUCCGGCCUGGGUGCUGUGCUGCUGGGACUGGGGUCAGGGGUUGUGCUGCACGCAGCAAGCGCAGGGGCUGUGACCAGCUGCCUGUGAGCUGAGACUCAUACCCCCACUCCCAGCACUGCUGGGUGGGGCUGGCCCUUAGCACCCUGGAGAGGGGAGCCGAGGGGCUGUAGGUGGAGGGUGACCAGCCCUAGCAGACAGGGCUCACAUGAUGCCUUGAGGUCGGCAGGUGGCUUUCAGGAGGUGGCCAGCUGAGCUGUAUCCCACCAGGCUGAAUGGAGACUGGGCUGACCCAGGCCUGCUGGGCACCAUGUGCUGGGGCACAGUGGGACACUGGCCACCCAGCCUCCGCCUUGGUGUGGUAACACCUGUGCUGCAGUAUUUAGUCCCCAUCCCCCUCCACAGGCCCCAACCUGCUGAGUUGGCCUAAAUGAGCGUCCCCACCUUGCACCACCAGUACUGAAGGCCCUGCAAAAGCACCUGCAAUUCCCAGGGUGCCAGGCACAGCAUGGGUAUCAGGGUAGAGCUGGCUGCUGCCACAUGAGGCGUCAACUCCAGCCCCCUCCCCCAGCAGCCCCGGGGCCACUGGGAGAGAAAAGCAGCAUGUGUUUGGUUUUGGCUGGUGCUUGGCCAAGCUGCUGCUGGUGCCUCCAGCCGUGGCAGGGCAGGCCGCAGAUAGCGCUAGAACAGCUGGGCUGGGUGCGGCUCCCUCCAGGUAACCAGCCUCUGGCAUUGCGCAGCUUGAGUCCCACAGGGGUUCUGGGCCUAACCCUUGUGUAGUCCUGAGCUGCUAGCAGCUACGUCACAGCAAGCUUGAGAAAUGGGCAGGGUCAAGGGUCAUCCUCCCCCUGGCCCUGGCAGCCCUGCUGGGGGAGAAGGGCUGCACGGUCACACGCUGCCUUUGGACACAUCCAGCCAGUGGCAGCUGCUCCUGGGCUAGGCUGGGGCCUGGAUUCUAGAAUGCACCAGCACCUCUGCCCCCCUAGCAGAGAGAUUGAAUACGAUGCUGCUGUGCUCUGCCUCAUGCAAAGCCUGGCCCACGUGACCGCCAGGGAAGGGCUACUGCCGUAGGCAAGCAAUAACGGGCUGCCAGCGACAGCGCUUGGGGAGCAAGGACUGGUGGUCGCCCCUCAAACAAUGCAGCUGCUGUGGAGGCUGGCCAGCUAUUUCUUCCUAGACACCCCUUGCGGAGGCAGAAGGCUCCGCAGCCUUUAGAAGCAGGGCUAGAACACCGGCCGGGGUGAGCCAGACAGCCCUGCCCCCAUCCUCACGUGCAGGGGCUGCAUUAGACCCCGCUGCAGGGAGACUCUGCACUCAGCACACCACCCUGCUGCCAGAACAGGGGGGGGGGGGCAGUGAGGAAACCAGCAAUACGAAGGGGGCAGGUGUAAUUGGGGACACAGCAAUACAGCAAGUGGGCUUCUGCCCAGCUAGGGCUCCCCUCCCAGCAGCUGCUCCGUGAGGGGCUGACAUAACCACCAACCAGGGGGGCUGAGAAGCCUACAGCAGGCACAGCUAAGGGCAUUCUCUAGGGGAUAGGGGAGGGAAGGGGGGUUGGUGCAAUAGUGCAAUCCCUGCACCUCGGGGAGCCCUGGCCUGUCCCAUGAGGGGAUGCGAUUAGCCAUGCUGGGUUUGGGCGUGGGGAAGAUAUUUUACUUUUCCGUUACAAACAUCUUUUCUCAAGAAGCAUCUGUCCUAUGUGCCCCUAGGCCUCCCAGCGCCAGGGGCUUGACACAGUAUUUCAGGAGCAAGGGAGGGGAGGGGGUACAUGCAGCUUUCACUCAUACUGGGGAUUUGUUUUUUAAUUAGUGUACUUGAAAGAGUUCAGAGCAACCCCUUGGUUGUAACGUCACUGUACCGUGAGCUAAGUGUCCUUGUUUUCUAUGUGGAUCUUGAACCUGACUUGCUCUGUUCCCAUGGUUAAAACAACAUUGUACGUUGCCUCCUGUCUACAUCCAGCUCCCAUCCCACCCCCAGCUCGCUCGCCGCCCCCAGCUUUGGGUGCAACACAGCUUCCCAUUUGGUGGAAUUUUUAUGUAGAAUAAACAUUUGUAGCCGUAAACCCA